AUGUGCCUAGGGCAAAGAUUUUAUAACUCAACCGCCCAGGAAACCCAAUGGUGGGGGGGUCCCCAGAUCACCUUGAGCCAGAUCCCCCACCCCUUGUCUAACUUCUCUCAUCUCUGAGAGACCUGGGAAAAUGUCAGUGCAGUCAUUGAAUGGCCAGCCCGGAUAUACUGGAUAUGUGGAAGAACAGCCUAUACAGUACUUCCCUCAGGCUGGUUGGGGUAAUGUGUGCUAGGAACUAUUCAUCCAUCUUUCUUCCUGCUCCCACUUGCCAGAGGGGAACAUUUGAGAGUCCAAGUGUAAAAGGACAGGGAGACUCAGAGGAAAUGGCAUGCCCUACAAAUUGGCAAUUGGAAAGAUGAUGAAUGGCCUCCUGAGCAUAUAAUCCAAUAAUAUGGCCCUGCUACCUGGGAAGAGGAUGGGUCCUGGGGCUACCGCACUCCCACUUACAUGCUAAACCACAUAAUCAGACUGCAAGCAGUUGUAGAAAUUAUAACCAAUGAAACUGCCAGAACUCUUAACUUACUAGCCAAGCAGCAAACCACAAUGUGCAAUGCUGUCUAUCAAAAUCACUUGGCCUUAGAUUACUUGCUUGCUUCUGAGGCAGGAGUUUGUGGAAUGUUUAACCUGAGCAACUGCUGCCUACAGAUAGAUGAUGAAGGAAGAGUCAUAGAGGAGAUCACAGAUCAAAUGAGAAAGGUUGCUCCUGUCCCAGGCCAGACCUGGAAAGGUUGGGACCCCAGGGAGUUAUUUGGAGGAUGGUUUUCAAGGGUGGUUAUUUCUGGAGGAUUCAAAACCUUCAUGGGAAUUAUCCUCUUGAUUUUAGGAGCUUGUUUAAUCCUAUCUUGCCUAGCUCCCCUGGUUAUACCAUCUGUCUCCAGCCUCACGGAGGCAAUGGUCGAAAGAAAAACAGCCAUGGAUGUGAUGAUGUUAUGGAAAUAUAAACCUCAAAACCAAGAUGAUGCUCUUGGACCCAAAAGAGGAGGGUCUGAGCAACAAAGGAGGGAAUGUAGUAGAGGCCCUCCCUAA